AGAAUUCGCCGCGCAGCUGCUUCAGGUGCUGGGGCCAAGUGCGGCCGGCCGUGGCGCGGCCACUCGGGCGCUCUGUCCCCGCCUGGCCCUCAAGUUCGGCCGCCCUGGACGCCGCCUGAGGCCCAAACAACCCCUUCAGGCCCGGGUGCCGCCUAAGGCCGGAGCUGCCCUCUCAGACCCGGGGCGCCCCUCAGGCCCCAGCCUGCCCUUCAGCCUGGGCCCACCACCUCAGGGCCCCUCUCGAGGGAAGCAGCCCCCAGUCGUGCCCUCGGGCGGGGCUGCCCGGAAGGUCCGGCCACGCCCGGUCCACCUGUCGAGGGUCCCCGUCGCCCUUUCAGGCGCAGGCCGCGCCCUCCGGCCCGGCGCUUCCCUCCAGCGGGGCUCCAGGCAGCCCCUCAGCCCCAGCCGGACCCUCGGGUCCUCAUCCACCCUCGCAGGCCCAGGCCGUGGCUGCCCCGAAGUCAACUGUGGAGGAUCCUUCCUGGCUUCCUUCAGCUCCAUCCUGCCCUUGGAUCUAGGUCACCCGCUUGGACCCAACUAUCUGAGGCCCGAAUGCCCCGCAGCUCCCGCUGCUCCCUCGCGUUCUGCUGACCCCCCUCCGAGUCAGGACAUCCCCUUUAGACCCCACUUUAGGCCCUUUCAGCCCAACUCCAACUAGCCCCGUCUGCCGCUUCCGCACGCACCAAAAAGGAGACUAACUACCCAGCCCAGUCCAGUCAUGCAGGUGCAGGAUGAUGGAGUCAACCUCAUCCCCUUUGCCAAGUGUUCCAGGGUGGUCAGCCGAUCUCCACCCCCAAGGUUGCCUUCCCAGAGCCUCAGACCCAUGCCCCAGCGUUAUGGAGAUGUCUUCUGGAAGAACCUUAAUCAAAGGCCCAGCCCCACUUGGCUGGAGGAGCAGCACAUUCCACCCACGCUGAGAGCCACUGGUUGCUCCCAGCUUGGUCUGUAUCCUCCUGAGCAGCUCCCACCCCCUGAAAUGCUUUGGAGAAGAAAGAAGAGGAGGCCAUGUUUGGAAGGAAUGCAGCAGCAGGGCCUUGGGGGAGUCCCCGCCCGGGUGAGGGCUGUCACUUACCACCUGGAGGACCUAAGAAGGCGUCAGAGCAUCAUCAACGAACUGAAGAAGGCCCAGUGGGGCAGCUCUGGGGCUGCAUCUGAGCCAGUGGUGCUUGGCGAAGAGGGCUGUGGAUUCCCCAGCACCAAUGAAUACCCUGAUCUGGAAGAGGAGAAAGCAACCUAUCCACAGGAAGAGAACCGUUUUCUCACUCCUGGCAGGGCCCAGCUGCUUUGGUCUCCCUGGAGUCCCCUGGAUCAGGAGGAGGCUUGUGCCUCCAGGCAGCUGCACUCUCUGGCCUCGUUCAGCACUGUCACAGCCAGAAGGAACCCCCUUCACAAUCCCUGGGGGAUGGAGUUGGCAGCGUCUGAAGAGUAAGGAGAAACUACCGAUGCUGAGAGGCUGGUGGUGCCCCAGGGACCCAAGACUAGUUCCGUCACUAGAGUCACCCUCAUUGCUGACAUGAAGGCGUUUCCCCUUCCUUCGUCUCUCCAACUGCCUUUCCCAUCCUCUGAACUAGGCAUUAACAGCCCCCCUGGGCUCCCAUCUCAACCCACCGCUCUCACAGGAGCACCCCAAGUCCUGUUUUCCUCCAGGCCCCGCUCCUGGCCUUGUAUUCUCUCUGCUCUGUUAUUAAAAAGCAAGCAAGUGGA